AUGAAGAAUGUAGCUGCGAAGAAGGAGUAUUGUGCAAAAUUACUUCUGAAUUCAAUCGGAGCGAAAAACUUCAAUACGAUUACAGCGUUAGCUGCUCCAAAAGAAGUAACGGAGCUACAGUAUGAUGAAUUGCUAAAAAUAUUAGAAGCGCAUUUUUCGCCGAAGAAAAAUGUGUUAGUUGCGCAACAUAAAUUUAUUUCAAAGUACCAGAAUGAUCAACAAUCAGUAGCAGAUUUUGUCACUGAGCUUCGCAGAGGUAUAAAUGAAUGUGAAUUUAUAUCUCCAUGCAGUUGCAGAGCACAGAUAGCUGAUAUUUUCCUCCGGGCUCAAUUCAUCCGAGGUAUACACAACAACAGCAUCCGUGAACAACUUCAGUCAGGUACGUGCAAGUUCGAUGAAAUUUUUUCAAAAGCUUUAGCGCUUAAAGCUGCUAAAAUGGACGCCAGGGAAUUAGCGCACGGUACACAAAAUGUAUCGAAUUCAACAGAUAUCAACAAAAUCACUUUCAAAAAGAAGUCUAAGCCUUUAAAGUCACAAUCAAAAUCGCGUUCUUCUCCAAAAUCUUCUACAAUUAAUUAUGCAGAAUUGGGCAUGGCUUGGCUUAUGUCUGCGGUGUGGCCUGUUGCCGGUCACUACGAAAAUAAGACAAAUCAAAUUCAAAGUGAAGAUUCACAGUACGGAAUCUAUAAAGUUGUGGACGCCUUCUGCAACGAUUAUACAAAGGCGAGUUCUGAGCGCUACUAUGCCAAAAUUGUAGUUGAGGGUAAGCCAAUUAAAUUCGAAGUAGACUCUGGAUCCGCUUAUUCGUUUUUACCCAGAAGUCAAUUCAGUGAAUUAAAAUUAUCGCAAAAACUAAUUCCAAUAAACAUCGUUUUUCGCUCUUACACGCAAGAUACGUUUGUUCCAGAUGGUAAAAUACGAGUUCACGUACAAUUUAACGAAAUGGCAAUUACUGAUGAUUUAUACGCCGUCCCAGAUAGGUGUUCAGCAAUUUUAGGUAGAACUUGGAUAAGACGCCUAAAAAUUAAUCUCAACGAACUCGAUGGAACAAAUUGUAACAUAGUAACAACCACAUUUGACACCAAAGCUGCAACGGUACAAGAUCUUACAUCAAAAUUUCCAAGUGUUUUUGAAGAGAAAAUCGGGUGCAUACCAAACUACAAGGUGUCGCUAAAAUUGAGAGAGGGGGCUACUCCAGUUUAUACUAAAGAUCGUCAAAUUCCAUAUGCAUUAUUAGAUCGCCUUGAUAAGGAGUUAGAUGAAUUAGAGAAAGCGAAUAUAAUUACAAAAACGAACAACAGUGAUUGGGGAUCGCCGCUAGUGGUUAUUCCGAAACCAGAUGGAAUCGUGCGAUUGUGCGUCGAUUAUAAAGUCGGAGUAAAUCGAACGCUAGUAGACGCCCAUUACCCUAUAAGAAGAAUUGAUCAAAUUUUCAAUAAUCUGAGGGACUCGAAAUACUUUUGUCGACUUGAUUUAUACAAGGCAUACUUACAUGUGCCAGUUGAUGAAGAAUCAAGCCAGAUUCAAACUAUUUCCACGCACAAAGGAACUUACCUAAUGAAUCGGCUUUCAUUUGGAAUAAAAACAGCACCAGCAGAAUUCAAUAGAAUCAUUGACCAAAUUUUACGCGAUGUUCCCAACACUGAAUCCUAUUUUGACGACAUCGUCGUACAUGGGAAAUCUAUGGUAAAGUGCAAGGCCAACCUGGAAGCAUGCUUAAAUCAGCUUGAUAAAUAUGAUCUACACUUAAAUAUUGCAAAAU